CUAAGCUGGAGGCAAGAGACUGUUGUUCUUGGACGCGCUCAGACUGAGCUAUCCUGUUAAAGUGUAAUUUAUUCCAAGAAAAGCUAGGGUUGGAGCUCCAUUCGCAGUGUCUGAGCUCUCCUCACCAACACCGCGGAUUCGCCGAGAAAGUUCGAAAUAGAAAGUGGAUCAAGUGCGCCUUGAGUGUGUGGGAGAGAUUUGACUUGGAGCUUGGUUCACUGGAGAAGGAGAAGUUCGACGGCGGCAGUAAUCGAUGGCGAAGACGAAGCCGGGGAAGAAGGACCUCGAUUCCUACACCAUCAAGGGAACGAACAAGAUCGUGCGCCCGGGCGAUUGCGUGUUGAUGAGGCCUUCCGACUCUGACAAGCCUCCGUACGUGGCGCGAGUGGAGAAGAUCGAGGCGGAUCACCGUAACAACGUGAAGGUGAAGGUUCGAUGGUAUUACCGACCAGAAGAGUCGAUCGGCGGUCGACGACAGUUCCACGGGGCAAAGGAGCUUUUUCUGUCCGAUCAUUAUGAUGUCCAGAGCGCACACACUAUCGAGGGAAAAUGCGUUGUUCACUCCUUCAAGAACUACACUAAGCUCGAGAAUGUUGGGGCAGAGGACUACUUCUGCCGCUUUGAGUACAAGGCCUCCACCGGUGGUUUCACUCCUGACCGUGUCGCCGUGUAUUGCAAGUGCGAGAUGCCUUAUAAUCCGGACGACCUCAUGGUGCAGUGUGAAGCAUGCAAGGACUGGUUUCAUCCUUCUUGUAUGGAAAUGUCCAUAGAACAAGCCAAAAAGCUGGAUCACUUCGUUUGUUCAGAUUGUUCCUCUGAAGAUGAUGCCAAAAGGUCUCCAAAUGGCUAUCCUGUUUCCCCAGUGUCGGGGCCUAAGGGACAGGGACAGGGUCAGGUUGAAACAAAGAGGAGGAAGAGGUAAUCAGCCUUCAAUGGGGCUGCAAUGCAUGUGGCGAGCCAUCAGAAUCGUGCCAGCUUUUGCUAUUUAUCAUCCUUUUGUUGGUAAUAUGGAAUUGGUGUACAGUUGCAGAAACCGGACUUCUUUGUGUGAGAGAGGAAGAGAGAGAGAGAGAGAGAGAGAGAGAGAGAGAGAGAGAGAGAGGUAAAAGAGAAGGUGAGUUAAGUUGUUAAAGCAUUAAUUUGAGUCUUCUGAGCUUUAUUUUAUGCCUCUUUUCUCCAUGCAAAAAAACUGUUGUUUUAGCAGCCUGUUUUUUAUUCAGACUGUUCCUGUUAGAAUAGUGAGGGAUCUGAUGGCUGAUGCUGCUUUUCUUGAAACCCUAAUGUUAGUAGUGGAGACCUUACCCUUGUAAAAGCGUGCUGUUAGGUGAUUAGAAAUCCUUGUAUUUACUUUGAAAUUAUUGCUUAAAUUAUUCAGGCUAUCGCUAAAUGCACUUCACUUGGAUGCACCAUCUGG